UGUUUACUUUGUAAAGUCUUAGAUGUCUAAAAGAAAGAUUGUGUCUUACUGUUGCUUUAAUAAUUGCAAAAUAUUGUAGAACUUGAAUCUGUAUGCAAUAAAAUCAAAUCAGAUCCGACUGUUCGCACCAUAUCUAGAUCUAAGUAUUAACACUGAAACGGAUUGAUCCCAGUGACAACACGCUGACAUGAAUUGUCUCUAUUUGACAUUUUUUCUUUUCCUGGACCUCAAUCUGGAUCUAAAGACUGAAGCGUUUCAGGCAAACAGUAAUAUAACAAUCAGUCAGUUUGGCAUGCUGUUCUAUAUCGUUCCCCCAGAGAUCCACUGGACCUCUAGAUAUGACACCAGUGUUUUCGUUUAUCUAUCUACUAUCUCCAAAGAAAGCAUUCAGGUAUUGUUUACGACUCCAAACUACAAGCCAACUAACGAGGGCGCUUACACCAAGAUCAAAAUCAGCUAUUAUAGAUUGGAAACUCUCUACAUACCUAAACAAUUUUUGUUAAACAACAAUACAGCUAAACACAAAGUUUGCCACUGCCUCAAGUUUCAAGGACGAAUGAGGUUUGGCCUGAGUAUCCUGCUUAUGGUCGCCCAGACCCAGCUGGACAUGUAUCAAGUGCUACCAGCUUCUUUCUGGGGCCGCUCUUACCUUAUACUGACGCUUGGACCCGAGUUCUACUUACACAUCAUUUCAAUAGAUGCUCAAAACAAGGUCCAGAUCUAUUUCCAAGGACACGGUCCCUAUGAUUGGUCCAGCCUAUCAAACAACGUAAACACAAUAAUCUUUUCUGAAAACGUGGCAUUUCUGGAGUGGAUUGUACAGGAAAUAGAGCAGGUCCUUGUGUUGUCAACCUGCUCGGAUGCUUCUCAAGGUACAAUCCACUUCACAGGUACAAAAGUAAUUUCAGAACUACCCGUUGGCGUAAUAAGCGGUGAAUGUUUUGCCCAGAUUACGUCAGUCGAGUGUAGCAACACCAGCAAUACAGACAAGGAGAAUGACGUCACUCAAGAGAUGAUGUUUCCUACGACUACGUUCGGGAGGCACUACUUGCUGUUCUUCAGCCAGGGUAGCACUCCCUACGUGGAGGUAGCCGUGCAGGCCGUGUCCAACGACACCAGGUUGAUGGUGUAUACAAACGACAGCAACAACAAGGUGGAGGAGUACACGAUAGACAAGGCAGAGGGCGUCAUCUAUAUUUCCUUGAUUCAAUUUCCUCGUGUUCUACAAAGCUCAAAGCCUGUCCAAGUGUUUUACGUACAGCGCCACCCGUGCGACCUGAACAUGACAGGUAUUGCGCUGGUCAUCGUUGUACCCACAGCGCUGUUCUAUAACAAAUAUACAUGGGGGAUGGUUUCGUUCGCCCCAACACAGUACUACUUGUUAAUCGUCGUACGUGAGCAGGAGUGGAAGCAGCUGACAUUCAAUGACUACAACCUGGACGACUAUUUUCAAAACACAGAACCUAUAGCCUUCUGGGGAUCCAGGAACUGGGUCCAGCUAGAGUUUCACCUUGACAUGGAAUCUAAAAGCAUACGAUGUACGAGGGAUACGUUCUUUGGAUGCUACGUAUACAGAGUGGGGCAACAAGUCAGCUUCAGCCAGUCGCUUGGAUUUCUUAAGGGUUAUUCGUGUGAAAACACUUCCAUGGAGCCAGGAGAUCAGAUUGACAACGACUGUGACUUCGAGAAAGACGAAGAGAUAGCCAACGGCCUAGAUGACGACUACGAUAACCUUAUCGAUGAAGAUUUGGAAGCCACCUAUAUAGAAGCGCCAUUUGAAGACAUUAUCUUGCAAGAAAUUGAAGAAAACCCCAAAGAACAAGGGGAAUUUACUCUACGCACAGCUUACGACACCUUCUUAUGGAUUACAACUUCCGCCAUUGUGCUGACUAUGUUGGCUGGCAUGUUGCGGUUGAAACGAUCACACAUGGCUGGAGGACAAUAAGUUACCUACACCUGCUUCAAAGCAUUAGAAUAGGACGUCACAAGGAAUAGAUCUGAAGUAGUCUCUUAUCUUGAAACAAUCUUUUGAAUGAGAAUGACUAACAUUAGGCUAAAGCUAUCACCUCGCUGGACUUGAACAUGAAAG